GCGGGGAUCGCGAUGUUCCACCAGCUGCACUGCCUUGCGGGCUUCCGGCAUGCGAUCCAGCAGCUGCAGGCGGGCAAGAAGAUUGGGUACUCGGUGUUCACGGAUGUAUCGGAGCAUCGGGGCCACUGGCCGCAUUGUUUUGAUUACUUGAAACAGAGCAUUGAGUGCUAUGCGGAUGACUCGAUUGAGGUGAGCAGGAUUGAUGCGGGCGGGUUUACGUUUGAUGGGUAUGAUAGUCCC